GUACAGUCUGUAAUAACAAUAUGUGUAUUAUUGUGUGUACAGUCUCUGUGUAAACUGUAAAUAAACUAUGGAUAUCUAAUAAUUUAUCUAUUAAUAUACAUAAAAUACAUAAUAUGUGAUGGCUAGGUAUGCACUAUCCAGUUACUUCGCCAAACAUACCUAGUAAUCUAAAUGUACCGAGUCUCAGGACACAGUAUUGAUUCAAAACCAUAUUCAAAAUGCAUUAGUUACGCUUAUAUUCUGUUAAUAAAUAAAUCGUCAAUGUAAGCCAUGACUUCCCAACUCUUCCAAUCACCAACAUAUGAAACAGAACCCAAAUGCUAUCCGCCACCAAAUCUAAAUGCCAUGAGUGAUUUAUCAGACAUUUGUCGUAUUUGCGGCGCUAAUAAUCUAUCUCUCAUCCCAUUGUUUGGCCAGGAUGCACAGAAAAAAGAACUUGUUGAGAAAAUAAAUAAAUAUUUACCAAUAAUGGUGCACCAACAAGACACAUAUCCUCUGGGAAUAUGUCAAUCAUGUGCUAAUACAGUGCUAAACUGGCAUGAACUGGCACAAUGCUGCAUUAAGACUGAAAAAGCGCUGACUUUGAAGCUGAAAACGAACACACAGACUGUCAAAUGCAGUGGACACCAUAACAAUGUACAAGGGAGUUGUGGUCCAGCGGCUACACAUGGAGAGGCUCAUGAGAGCGCGGUAGGUACCCCGAAACUCGAGCAGGCGCCGGAGGCCGAGGCGGGCCCGACGGAGGACCGGGCGGAGGCGAGCGCGGAGCGGCCGAGGACGAUAGUGAUCGAGGGCGGCCGGCGCUACGGCGAGUGCGGCGUGUGCGGCAAGCGCGUGCGCACGGCGGGCUGGCGGCGCCACGCGCGCUCGCACGGCGCCAAGCGCCACAGCUGCCACGCGUGCGGCCGCGCCUUCGCCGACGCCGCCAACCUGGCGCGCCACCUGCGCGCGCUGCACCGCCGCCUGCGCCCGCACGCCUGCCCGCUCUGCCCGCGCCGCUUCUCGCGCGCCGGCCACCUGCGCGACCACGUGGACGCGCACUCGGGCCGGCGCGACCACGUGUGCGACGUGUGCGGCAAGGCGUCCGCCUCGCGCGCCGCGCUGCGCAUGCACCGGCGCACGCACGACGCGCGGCCGCGCCACGCCUGCGCGCUGUGCGGCGCCGCCUUCAAGCGCCGCGGCCAGCUGCAGGCGCACGUGUCCGUGCACACGGGCCAGCGCGACCACGUGUGCGCGUGCGGGAAGGCCUUCCGCCUGCGCAGCCAGCUCGCCGCGCAUGCGCGCCGCCACGUCGCCGCCGCGUCGCCGCCGCCCGCUGACCGCCCCGUCCUAGCGAGCCCCGCUCGGUUUCGGACGACGCUGAGUGCGAGAGGUCCGUGCGCGGGAAUGAAAUUGACUCGCGCACUCGUCGGUACUCUAUAGAGAAGAGCAAAGCGAUGGGCGCGGGAAUGCAAAUAAUCUUCACAAACAAAAAUAGCAUGUCAUGUUAUGUGAUCACAUCUUGCCAGACUUGCCAGUAUAUCCGGUGGUACUGAAUAUAUUAGAAGCACUCACCCGAUUCACAGUAAUACACAUUCAACUCAUAAUGUCUAACCGCCCGCCCCGGGUCCACUGGCCGGCAAACGAGUGCUGCCCAACCAGUCAUACCGCUAGCGCCGCUGCACAGACGCGGGCGCAGGAGCGCCUCCCGCGUGCUCCGCCUGCAGGACUGGACGGCCACACGCAUCGCCACAUUGCGUUGUAAAGAAUAGACCUUUUUAUAUAUUAAUAAAUGAGCAUAAUCGCGUGUAUUCAGCAGCAGCUGUGCACUAGAAAGGUAGAACACUGCAUGCCGCGUUCCGUGUCGAAUACGCAUUUAAUAGUGAAUAAGUUAAUAACUAGUCUUUCGUUUAUUUUUAUUGAAACGAGAAAUAUAAAAUUUAUAUUCGAUUUUUACUUAUUUUGUUAAAUGACAUAUCAAUUAGUAAACAUGAGAGAAGAAUCGAGCCGUACAAUGCACAA